AUCGUCAGGCAGUACUAUCGUUUAGAGCCAUUUUCACUGUUAUACGGCAUUGCGAGCCAUAGCACGGCAGCGUAUGUGCUUGUACGAGUUUACUCGUGCAGUGCACUACGUACAACUCGUACAUCAGCCACUCUCACUUCAGGCAUAGUACUUUGCAGGUAGCCAGCACAGACUUCACAGUCUGCACAGUCAUUACGAUAUUCGGUGAUUUCCAUGCUUGGCAUUCCCACCGGUGUCAUAGGAUUUUAUGUUGAUGUUGUGAUUUAUAUUUUUAUGAGCCAUAAAUAUUGAUAUUUACGUUCCCAGUGCGUUUCCCGUAUCUCCGGUAGAGUCGUAGGCUCUAGGCCCCUUACGUCGUGUACGGCCUAGAUCGCAUGGUAGCAGAUAGCGUGUCGGUUCUCGGAAGAACAGCGUGUGGAGUCCUCCCUCUGGAUUCUGCGCGUUUUCGUCCCAGUCGACAUUAACACCGAAGCGAGGAGCAGCACCUGGUGCGCGAAAGACUGCUAAAACCAGUCACCAGGUCCCUCAAGGAGCAGCCCAACCUCGGAUUGAAAAUGGCGUUCGCCAGACUCUACGAUAAAGACUGUAAGGCAUGCCACUACAACACAGAGAGACGUCCUUGUAUGGAUCAUCUCUUCAUGGAUACGCCAGAUCUACCCAGCCAGGUCGAAGCUCUUGUCACGGAAGUCGUAAAUGGCAGCCGCGAUGCUUACGACCGUGUACGCCAGUCCAAAUAUUGGCCCCAUGUUGAAGCCAAUUACAGCUUUCAUCGGAAAGUUUUCAGCGCAGUUAGCCAGCACAUCAAAUUCACCGGCGGAUGGCGAGAUGCACCAGUGCCGCCCGAGCCGAAAAUUCCUGACGCUCAAUCCACCACUCCUUUGGGCGUUGCAGGAUGUAGCCAGCCAACCCCCAGCCCAACAAUGAUGCAUCGCGCACCACGGGACUCACAUCCUCAGCCGCGCUAUGCAGAUGCAGCCAAAAAGCCAGCAAUUCCACAGUCAGACCGACAGCAGAGUGGCGCACGAGGCAGUUACAACCCUCGUAGUGGCCCUGUUUUUGAUCAGCCAACACCCACAUCUUCGGGAAAAGGCAGAAAACCGAAGAUCGAGAAGCCAAAAAUUAUCCCACGCCCACAAUCAGAAGAAGUGCAGGUCAACAAAAUCAUGAAGCACUUCAACCUAUUUGGUCAGCCCAAGGCAUAUCAGUACAAAAGAGCCAUUCGAACAGUCGUUACUGAAUUUAACGACUUUGCCAGUGAAAUCGAUCUUUAUGGGCAGUUGGAACAACGCGAUUACAGUGUGGAAGGUCCUCAUGGAGAGGAAUUGGAGUAUCAGUACGCAAACGGCAGGCAAAACAACCUGAAAACCUUCCUCGACUUGGAUGAAUUGGAUAAGCCAAUUUCAACCGUCGAUUAUGAGGCACUCUCACAACUGCAGUACCACGGAAAAAUCCAUUGGGAGGAUUAUCUCUUCCAGUGGGUCAGCGCUGAAUCCAACCCAGCGUUAUUCCUGGUCGCAUGUAAGGCAGCCAUCCAUUGUUUCCAGACACUCCAGUACGCCAAGACUCUUGAGGAAGUUCGUUGGAACAUCCCGAAAUCACGCCAGUACAACUGCAGAUUGUUUGCACGUAUGUUGGCAGCCCUACUUGGUCAUUACAACAGCCAUUCCUACUUGUAUGACCGUAAAUCGGAAGGACGCCUUCAGAACAACUGCAAAGCUAUCGGAAGACCACACUUGCCAGAACAACAGAAGGAGAUUUACGAACGAGCCUUAGCCAGACCUCCUCCUAAAGAAAAGCCAAAAAUCCUCACCUACGUCCAGGAUCCCGUCGAUAUGGUUACUGACCAUAUCGAUCGCCUGAAUACCCGUAGUGAGAAGAAGCGCAAGGCAGCUGAACUAACCUCCAGUCAGAACUCCAAUGAACGCAGCGUUGCAGCAUCACCAACUACGCCAGCACAACCAGCACUCAAGAAGCCAACAGGCGAAAAUGAAUCAGCCCCAUCAGAGGAGAUGAAAACUCCACAGCAGGCAGACCUCAGUGAUGCUUUGAACGCAUUGAAAGGAGCAUCCUUGAACGACGACAAGGAUGUGGAUACUGAAAUGCCAGACAAAAACACGGAGAAAUUGGAGAAACAGCCAGAACAACCAGCUGAUGAAUCAGCUAAACCAGCAGAUAACGCACUUGACGGCAGAACUAUCGAAUUACAUGCCAAUCAGGAUGUGGAUGACAUUCCUGGUGCAAAUUGAGGGGUUUGCGUCGGAAUACGCCAUGUUCUAAGCCAGAUCUACA